GUGAGCUGACUGUAGUUGCUGCUUGCCUCCGUCCUCCCUUCUCAUUCCACGCGUGGAGCUCGCCCACGUCCGCUUGGCCACGAUGAUCCCAGUGGAGCUGUGAUUUCUACUUCUUCCUUCUCAUCCCACUUGACAGCUGACGAGCCAGCAGAAUGGAGAACAAGGCCAUGUACCUCAGCACCUACGAGGAGCGGGAGAGCGCGUCCAUGUAUGAGGACGCCUACGACGGACACAACCUGUCCAAACUCAACCUGUGCGAUGAAGGUUCCGGGAGGCGGCGCAGGAAAGCGGAGCAGUGUUGUGGUCCGCUCAACUCCCUCUCCACCGUCAAGUACGCCAUCGUGACGCUCUACGUGCUCCUUCUUCUCACCAUCUUGGGACUCGGCCUGGCAGUGUCUCGCUCCCAGACAACGUCACAGCGGCAGCAUCUGCUGAUGGAGAACGCUCAGGGUGACAUCCUGGAAAACAUCUGGAAGCUGGAGAACCUCUUCCAGAACCACAGCGACUGGCUGCAGAGGCUGGAGCUUCUCGUCAAGAGCCUGGAGGUGGACAUGAGGAGCAUGCAGGCUCACUCCCUCCAUUCCGAGGGCUACCUGGUGCAGCUGGACGACCGGCUGGCCUCGUUCAGCAACUCCGCCGGCAGGAACCUGACGGGCCUGAGCGACGAGGUGGCCCGAACCUCCUCGUGGCUGCACGACCAGCACUUGCUGCUCAGGGAGACCUCUGGUCAGGUGAACGGGCUGAGAGAGAAGCUGGACGAGGUCAACUGGACGGUGGGAGCCGUCAAUCACACCUUCAGCAACGACAUCAACGUUCACCACGUGAAGAUACAAGACUUGCAGAUCCAGAUCAGCAACAUUACGGAAGACACGUCCAGUUUGUGGGUGACGCACGUGCACACUGAGGCGCAGCUGAGGAACGAGAUGGAGAUCCUUAACACCAUCACCGAGGACCUCCGCCUGAAGGACUGGGAGCACACCAUGGCCCUGAAGAACGUCACUUUUAUAGAAGGGCCUCCGGGGCCAAAAGGAGAGAAGGGAGACACGGGACCACUGGGCCCCCCCGGGGCUCCUGGAUUGACGGGUUUGAGAGGCUUUAGUGGAGAAAAAGGCCUGCAGGGUCCUCGUGGUAUGAAAGGCUCCGUUGGUGUUGAUGGUGGUCAAGGAGGCAAAGGAGACAUUGGACCUGCUGGACCAAAAGGGGAGAGAGGAGAACGAGGCAUGAAAGGAGAGAAGGGAGACCAAGGAGCCAAAACCGUGGAGGACACUCUGGUGCGCCUGGUCAACGGCUCGGGUCCUCACGAGGGUCGCGUGGAGGUCUUCCACGAGCGCCGCUGGGGGACGGUGUGCGAUGACGUAUGGGACAAAAACGACGGAGACGUGGUCUGCAGGAUGCUGGGAUACCGAGCGGCGGCCGAGGUCCAUAAGACGGGACGCUUUGGACAAGGCACGGGUUUCAUCUGGAUGGACGACGUGGCGUGUACGGGCUCGGAAGACGCCAUCCACCAGUGCAAGUUCUCUGGGUGGGGCAAGACCAACUGCGGGCACGUGGAGGACGCCGGAGUGACGUGCGCCACCUAAGAAAAACGCACCCACCAUCAUCACACUCGGCGUGAGGAACAUGUUGACGCUGGUUGGACGUCCUCGUCCUGCUCCGACACAAAGGUUUUCAUUCACGCCGUGGAAGUGCGAUGCAUAAAGAGACGCUUCGUCAGACUCCAAUGCAACGCUUGUAUGAAUUCUGUGGAGGAAGGGGCGGGGUGUUAAAGGUCAGCUUUCAAAGGAAUGGCUCACAUUUAAUGUUUGGGGGGGCACGUCACGUCCAUGUGAAGCAGACAGCUGAGGCCUUAUUGUUAUUAUUAUUGUGGUUAUUCUGAUUAUUAUGCUGAUUACUACCGUGACACCAGCACUUAGCCAUAGCCGCACAUGUCAGACUGAUUGCCUCUAAUUGAGUCUCCUAGCAGCCCACUUUUAUCGGAAAGAAAAAUGGCAGUUUUGGACGACAAAAGCAGCGUCAAGCGUGGCCAAAGCAAACACGCGGGCGGCCUCCCUCGCAGCGCUUCUCCUCUCGUAUCUGCGGACACAAACAGGAUAUCCUCCGCUCUUCUCUGCGUGUUUUCUCAGGAAGGUUAGCCAAGUCGAUCGUGACAACUUGGACGGACGGCCAUGGGAGGAAUGUUUUUGCUCGCGGAACGGCGUGUUCGCGUGCUGAAGAGGCGUCGCGGGCUCAGCCAAAGGACGCUUCCACGGCGUCGCCUCCUGCUAACCUCCUGAGGCUUUGGGCCUCAAAUAACUCAAACACUUUCAAGCGCUCUUGAUGCCUUUCAACAUGAGAACAUAUGACAACCUUUAACAUGUGUCAUGUCAUACAUGUGCUUUUUAUUACGUUGUUCAACAUGUACCGGAAAGGGCAAAUAUUUUGCCACGUGUUGAUUCUGUACGACUAAACCCUGCAUACGCACUGCUGAAAUAAUAAAGUAGACUUUGUUUAAACAGGUGAACACGCACCGUCAUGCAGUUCCAUGUAUGAUGACCACUUCCACAUGACCAACCUGUGCAAAUGUUUUACUUCAUGAAAACCUCAAAGCAAUACAUUUUGUGGAUUCAGUCAACAAUAAGCGUCACAUGUAAACCAGAAUGUUUUGAUCGCCUUUGUUUCCUUUUCUUGGCAACUCCAUGACACUUUGCAGAAGGGGGGCACACGUGUCCGAAAAGGUGCAGAAUUUAUAGAAUCUACUCGCAUUGGGGCCCAAGUUGUGCAGGAGUUGUGCAAUCCAGCAUGUGGUGCUACAGGACAGGGGGUAAAACAGUGUGGACGUACAGUGGUGCCUUGGUUAACGUCAGGAAUCCGUUCCAGAAGGGCACACUCAAACCAAAACGGACUCUAACCAAAGCAAGAUUUCCCAUAGAAAAUAAUGUAAAUCCAAUUAAUUCGUUCCAGACACCCAAAAAUGUUAACACAAAUAUAUAGCUACAGUAUAGACAAUAAUUAUAGUUUUACAUGCAGAAUACUACAAAAGUGCAGACCUCCGCCAAGUGCAAUAGUUCAGCCAUAUUGUGAUCUACACCAUAAAUAUUAGUCCUACAUUUAUUUUAUCUACAUAUUUAGAUUUCUUGACCAUGAAAAUGUACCAUGGAAGGGUUUGAAUGACUUAAAGAAUGCUAAGAAUGCAAACAUGGUAAUGUUAGCAUGCUAACACCUAGCAUAAUAGCACUGUUUGUAUAUGUGCCUACCUGAAAAUGCUAAAAAUGUUAGUAUGAUCAUGUUAUCAUGCUAACGUCAGCAUGCUAACAUCUAGUAUGAUAGCGGUGUCUGCUUAAUCUCAUAUUCAUGAAAACUGCAAAAAAAAUGCUAAUAUGCGCCAGCAUGCUAACACCUAGCAUAACAGUGCCUAUGAAAAUGGCUAAAGAUGCUACUAUACUAAUGUUAGCAUGUUAACAAUGCUAACAUGCUAAUGUUAGCAUGCUAACACCUAGUAUGAUAGUGCUAAGUGUUUAUAUAAGUGUCUUCCUCAUUCCUCACAGACAACCACGAGGUGCAUUCAGGGACUCUUCAUUAUGCGUGUAUGUGUGGUGCAAAUAAACAAAAAGACAUAGAAAAACGGUAAGUGGAUAAUCUCAUCACUUACUUUGUAAAUCUUAACAGGGAAAAACAAUUUGCUGCCUUUAAGUAUGCUUGGAAAUCCCAGAAAAUAAACUCAAAACGUGAAUUCAAAUUAAGUUACGUGGUGUCUUUGAACGCAACCCUUCCUGGCUCAUAAUAACAAGGUCAAAGUGGGAUUCAAAUGUUGUGCUACUAAUAAAGAAAGUCAUGUUAGGCAAAUAGAUUAUCAGACAUGUGUGCUAUCUUUUAGCUUGAUUUAAAUGUUCAGUUCAUUUGGAGCUCUUAUUACAUACAAAUAUACAUAAUCCUGUCCUGUUUUUUUUUAAAUCUUUCUUCCAAUAAAAUGGGCAUAUUUCAGACAUAUUUGCAAAUGGUGAUUACCGCUAAUCCUGAUUUGCAAAAUGUGAUUUACCUGAUUCAACCUUUGAAUCAUUUGACAGGCCUAAUAAAAUACAAAAAAAACAAUUAACAUGAAUUAAAAAUGAAUAAAUAAAUUAAUUUGAGCGGGGGGUUUGUCAGGACCUUUUGGCUUGGCCUCCCAACCACUUAAAUGCAAAUGAAGUUUUGCUAAAUAACAAACGACUGAACAAACACGCUCUCCACAAGUUUUAUUUUUGUGAUUACUUUUAAACCACCUGAUCAUUAACUCAUUCAAUCCCAGCCAGUUUUCAGGCCAUUUUAGACAAUUUUGACUGAUCUUUCAAGGCACACAUAUAAACAUGGAAUGUACUCUUGGAGAUGAAAUUCUCCGCAGCCUAAUGAGGUCUCAAGGAACACUCUGUUAAAUAAAUUUCACCUCCCCUUGCGUGUUCGUUAAUCUCCAAUCAUGAGAAGGAAUAAGACUCACAUUCCAAUUAACAAGGAUUGCAGAAUGUAUUGAAAAUGUGUCAGACAGAAUAGGACAGCGAUCUUUCUGUAGCGCCGCGGCUAAUGUCUGUCCUCCAGCGGCCUCCUGACCAGAAGGAGAGAGUCAGCCCUGAUCGAUAGUCGCCUCUGCCUUUUGUAGUUGUCUUCCUCAGACCAUCGGCGCCACGGUAGCCCAAGACAUCUUAUCCCUCGCAUUAUUUGGUGAUAGGUGUGUGAUGACCACAUCUGAAAAUUCCAGCUCAGCUGACGUGGUAGGACUCUACAAAAUAGCACAUGCACUCCCAGCAUAGUACGUCCUAUCUUUGACCCACUUGCCCCACUCUGUGACCGUAUCUGACUGCUGAUUAUGUGAAUGCACUUAAUCUUUGUGUUUCUAUAACCACUUAAAUAAAUGCUCAUUCAUUCAGUUAACAAGUUAAUGAAACAUUCUUUCUAUCUACUCUAUCUACUUCUAGUAAAUGUUUAUCAUACUCACUCAGCUAAGAAUAAAACAAUAUUAUCCUACAUUACCAAAAGAAAGAUUAGACUCCCGUCUUUCAUCAGAAAAAAAAGACUGUUUCUACCUUUUUGCGUUCUUUAGUAAUCAGCAGUAGAACAUAGGUAAGUUUCAGGGAAAUAUCAGUUCCUGACUAAAAAAAAGGGAGAAAAACAGCUUUUCGUGAAAGGAUAAAUUUCAAGCAUAAAUUUCACUUAGAAUAACAAUUUAUUUACAAAUAUAACACCAUGAACUACUUACAAUUCUCACAUUUGGAAUUGAACUGUGUGUGUGCACGCGUGUGUGUGCGUGCGCAUGUGUUCAAAUUUCCCAACAAUGCGUAACCUGCACGCUACCCCCGUCCACGUUCUUCCGCUUCCUCCUUGCUGUCAUGUUUUGUCAUGCCGUUAUGUUUUUUUCAUUCAAAUCCACAUUCCCAGCUCUUAUCAGUUGCACUUCUGCCACCUUGUGGGCGUUUUUAUGGCUUAAACCUGCUCUAAAAGUGACAUGCAUUAGUGUGCAGUUGCAUCAUCAACUCUUUUUGCCGUACAAGACGCCUUUGGGAUCGGGCGUUUUCGGGAUUAUAAAAACGUAUAAAUACGUCUUUGGUAUUGAAAAGUUAAUGGUCGUCAAAUGCCUGCUGUUAAUGUGUACAAGAUAUGUACAAAGACUGAAUAUUAUUGUUUAUUAUUGUGCUUGUCCUCUACUCUAUCAUUUCUACUAUUUUGCCAACCAUAUUUAGCUACAACAGCGGGUCCAAAUAUUACAAAACUGCAUUCCCACAACACUGGCAGCAACAAGCCGAAUGUGCAGGUGUAGCCGAUGGUCCGCAGAGCCUUGCUUCAUGUUUUGCUUGCUCGUUUUGACUUCAAGUGGGUGUCAGGCUGUGAGCCAGGUGUCAUAAUAAAUCAUGAUAGUACACCCCGGGACUCUGUUUUCUUAGUGUGACAGGAUUAUAUUUUAUUUUUAUUUUUUUUAAAGAAACGUCUAAGUUUUUAGCAGGUGGAAAAAGGCAUCCCAAGAUGAUGUCAUCAGCAGAGUUGCGAGCAGGUGUGCUGCUCUUUUUAUUUAUUUUUUUUUUUAAAGGUGACAUGUAUGAUUGUUUUAACUGUAAUUCAUCCAGUUAAUUUCCCCUGUCUUCAUGUUGUAAACAUGCUCUCAUCCCCCCCCCGAAUGAAUGGGAAGACAUUCUUCCCAUUUACAUCCCAUUGUCACAUUCUUGCUCCUUGUAGGCCUACUUGGCCCGGACACGGCCAAAGGGGACUGAG